AUGAAUGAUAUUAAUGACGUCAAAAAAUAUUUAGAGCAAGGUGUACUUCCUUCUUUAGAUGUAGAUUGGUUGAUUAAAAGUGAUUCAAUAGAACCAGAUCUCAUUAAUCAAACAAACAACAUCGUAGAUGUAGAACCAAACCCUAUCACUAAUCAUCAAAGUAAUAAUACCAAUCAUUCCGAUGAUUUAGAAAUUAGUCGUAGGAAAUCGACUAGCGAUGCAAAUGCAAUCCCCCAGAUUAUCGACAGACAUCAUAGUGGCUAUGAUGAUGAUGAUAGUAUCCCAUUGAGGAAGACAAAAUCUACUUCAACUGCUGUGUUAGCUCAUCAAAGAGUCCAACAGCCUCAUAAGGAGAAAAAGACCAGUUUCUUUAGAAGUUUGUUUGGUAGUCGUAGCAAAAAAAAUAAAGAAGACCCAAAGGAUACUCCAAGACAUGAAAGUCGUAUCAGUUCAUCUCCACCACUUGAAAAAGUGAAAACCGCUCCUAGCACUGCCAUGAGUACUCCAAAUCGCAGCAGCAUUCGUAAAUAUAGUACUAGAGAUAGUGCCCCUAGCUAUGAAGAUCCAAGAUUGAUGGAUUUUAUCAACUAUUACAAGGCAAAUGGAUUUUCAGUAUCAUCAUUUAAAAAUAAAAGCUUCGACUCAAAUUAUACUACCGCAAUUCCAGAAAAAUCACCAUCUCCUAAUAAAUUUCUUAACAAAUCCAAAUCACCAUCUAUUAUCCCAGAAAAUAAUAAGGAUUCAAACAAGUUUGAUGCAAAAGGCCGCCCAAUUCCUUCUCAUCCUGACAAAUCAGAAUUACCUUCUGCAAUUAAAGUUAAAACUUCAAACUUAUCUCCUCUAGCUGUUCCUGAAACUACAACCCGUUCAAGAAGAAACUCACAAUUAAGUUCAGACUCUUCCUGUCCAGUCACUCCUGUCUCGACAACAUCUAAUAGGUUUGGAACGUUCUUGAGCAGAGUCACAUCACAUGGAGUUAGCAACUCAAGUACAACAGUAAACAAUAGCAACUCAGAACAUGCUUCCAGAAGAAGUUCCAUAUCAUCACCUUGUUCAAAGAAUACAUUAAACCCUACAAACUCAAAUGUCGUCCCAGGUCUAGAAGAUAUUGAACCAUUAAAGCAUGUCGCCUUUGCAACUAACACUUAUUUUGAUGAUCCACCUCAACAGAUUAGCAGCAGAAAUCCAAGGAAAGGUGAAGUAGAGGUCAAGCAGGAUGGUUCAGUAGUUAUUCAUAGACUAACUCCUCAAGAAAGAAAAGAAAUAUUGGAAAAUACAACUUCAGGUAUCGUCGUGGGGGGUUCGGGGAAAUUGAAAUUAUUAUCAGAAUCCACUUCUUCAGAGCCUUUGUCUAAUGAACAAAACCAUGUUGGUGAUACUGUCGUUCCUUCUAAUUCUACUACAAACUCUAACAUUUCAACUGAUAUCACACCAGAAGAAAGACAACAGGCUGUAAAAGCUGCCGCAGCAGCAGCGUCUGAAAGAGCCAAAGUUAUGCCAGAUGACAUUAAAGGCAAUUCUAAUCCUAAUGAAGAUUUAGUAGGUGUCAAUGUCGCAGCCUCAAAUAUUACUAUCGAUAAGCCAAUGAUAAGCAGAAGAACUGGAUCAUCUUCAACCUUAAUGUCAUUAUCUUCUAUUGAAUCUGAUGAUACAGUAUUCCCACCUGAAAAUAUAAGGAUUCCGCAUGAUAUCGUAUAUACUCGUUGUUGUCAUUUGCGUGAGAUUUUACCGAUUCCAGCAACCUUGAAGCAAUUGAAGAAGGGGUCUAUCGAUCCAAUUCCAUUGCUACAAUUAAGGAACCCUCGUCCAUCUAUGAUAGAAAUUCUGUCUUUUAGUGAUUUUAUAAGCAUUGCACCAGUUCUUUGCUUAUCUUUAGAUGGUGUUCAUUUGACCUCUGAAAUGCUUAGAAUAAUUUUAAGUUCAUUGAUCAGCAAGGACAACUUUGAAAAAUUAUCAUUAAGAAAUACUCCAUUAGAUGCACAAGGUUGGAAAAUCCUAUGUUAUUUUGUUUCAAAAUCAAAAUCACUGAAUGCUAUUGAUUUAACAAUGGUUCCAACUCUGAAGACAAAUGUCCAAAAAUUGACAAAGGCUCCUACAAAGCCAUCAACUUCAAGAAUGGAAUAUAAUCCAAGUAAUCGUACAGAGAUGAAUUGGGAUUUACUAACAGUCUCAAUCGCAACUAAAGGUGGUCUGGAAGAAAUUAUUAUCUCUGGUGCACAAAUGUCGUUAGAUCAAUUUAAGAAUUUUAUUGAAGUUGCUUGUAUGGCUACUGAAAGAUUUGGAUUAGCAUAUAACAAUCUUUCUAAAGAACAUUGCCAGGCUUUGUCUAAGUGGUUAGUCCAAUCAAAUGUGACAGGUUUAGAUGUUGGUUUUAACGAUUUAAGAGGAAAAUUGAGCUCUUUCUCUGAAGCAAUUUUAAUGAAAAUUAAAAAUAAGGGCGCUAAUAAUGCUUUAAAUUUUAUAUCUCUGAAUGGAACAAAUUUAGAGGUCAGCAAGGGGGAAACUAGUGAUAAUAAUGAGGCCUUAAAAUUAAUUAGUGUAUUAUGUUAUUCCGAAAAUCUGAAAUUUCUAGAUAUAUCAAAUAAUCCAAAAAUGUUUCCUUAUUGUAUGAGAACUCUAAUUAACUGUUUACCUGUUUUUGUAAGCCUGGUAAGAUUACAUUUGGAUUAUGAAGAUUUGAAACCAUCUGAAAUUAUUAUGUUAGCGGAGAUCCUACCACUAUGCUCUUCAUUAAACUAUUUAUCAAUGUUAGGUGCAGAGUUUGACCAAUCUACUUACAAAGCAUUUGGUGAAGCUGUCAAGAAAAGCACUUCAUUGAUUACUUUGGAUAUUAAUUAUGAGAAUAUUCCAGACGAAAUUAAAAAUGAGCUAUCUUUAUAUACAAUGAGAAAUGUUCAAAACGAAUUGAUGAAAGUUAAAGGAGGUUCUACUAAGAAGGAUCAGUUCAUGAAUUUACAAGAGGAACUAUCGAGACUAUUAACUGAAAGUGAACAAGAUAAAACUGUCUAUGAAAAACAAGUACGGGACUUUAUUGAAAAGCUUACUGUAUCUCGUUUAAAAAUUAGAAAGGUGAUUGAAGAUUUAUUCGACCUUAGAGUUUCAGGUCAAUUAAACACAGAAGGUAAAGAAACAUUAAUCAGGCUGUGCUUCAUUGACGCGUGCUUCGAAAAGGGUAUCAGACUAUUGAAAAAUAAAAACGUAGAAGUUAAAGGGGAUUCAAAGCCAGCUGUUCCAAUGCCAAAUUUCUUAUCUGAAAGUAUCUCAUCUGGACUAAUGAAUUCUCCUGGAUUGAUUAAAUCAGAACCCGAGAUAACUCUAGCCGCAUCAAAUAACAAUUCAACUUUGAAUUAUGGGAAAGUUAAUCAUUCAGUGCUUUUGCCAUUUGGGAAAACGGAGGUCGAAGAAUUUAGUCCAAAUGAAUCUGACAUAAUUCAAUUUAAUAAUGAUUGUAAAGUUACAUCUCAGCAAGUUACAAAUCAAAUUCGUGAAGAAGGAAGUGUCUUCAAGAAAAGUAUUCAAUUGAGAUCUCAUUUAGAUUCCGAAUAUGAAAAAGAUAUAAAUUCUGUUAGUGCUGACAGUUCCAUCGAUGGUCUUGAUAGUGAUAAAAUCAAAGAUUUAUUACUAAAGAACGAUAUUUCGAAUGUCGUGAAUAUAAUUGACGAAUUGCAUAAGAAGGGGUAUCAUUUGCAUAAUAUAUUUAAAAAGAAAGGCUCUAGCACAGCUGAUAUAAUCAAUGGUAGUCCUGAAAAGCCUACAGAUAAAUAUGUUUCUAAUAGUUAUGAAAAUAUUAAUGGAACACCUCAACACGAUGUGCCAAAAGUCGAAAGUUCUAACGAUUCAAGGAAUUCUUCCAAUGAAGCUCAAACUAGUACUGGUGACUCGAAUGGCACAAAAGAAAUUGAUGCAGCAUAUGAUCAAGUUUUGGAUAGUAUCCAAAAGGCUGUAAUCAAUAAAUCGUAA